AUGGCGCCGAAGAAGCGCAAGGUCGAUCCCGCCGAGUCCGCCGCCGCCGCCGCCGCCGAGGCAGCCGCCGGCAACCACCGCCAGGAGCCGGCGUCCUCGGAGCCCAAGCCCCGCGGCACCAUCUACUUCCCCAUCACCGACGACCCGCCCGAGCCCACCGCGGCCGAGGAGGACGAGGAUGAUGGCGCCGGCGACGACGAGGACGACGCCGAGGACAUCGCCAAGCUGCUCGAGCCGCUGUCGCGGGAGCAGCUCGUCGCGCUGCUCCGCACGGCGGCGGAGGCGAGCCCCGCCACGAUGGCGGCCGUGCGCCGAGCCGCGGAGGCCGACCCGGCCAGCAGGAAGCUCUUCGUCCACGGCCUCGGCUGGGGCGCCGGCGCCGAAGACCUCCGCUCCACCUUCUCGCGCUUCGGCGAGCUCGAGGACUGCCGCGUCAUCUCUGACAAGCAGUCCGGCAGAUCCAAGGGCUACGGGUUCGUCCUCUUCCGCUCGCGCCGCUCUGCGCUCCGCGCCCUCAGCCGCCCCCAGCUCCAAAUCGGAGGUCGUCUUGCUUUCUGCCACCUGGCUGCCUCAGGUCCCGCGCCCCCAGCUUCUCAGUCUCAGAACCCUAGCUCCAACACCAACACCAAUGCCAACUCUAGCUCCAAUACCACCACCAACGCUUCUGGUUCCUCAUCGUCGCAACCAGAUAAUAUGCAGCGCAAGAUAUUUGUUGGUAAUGUGCAUUCUGAUGUGGACGUGGACCGCCUAUAUGAGUACUUUGCACAAUUUGGUGAGAUUGAAGAAGGUCCGUUGGGCUUUGACAAGAACACUGGCAAACCAAAGGGAUUUGCAUUGUUUGUUUACAAGUCUGCGGAGAGUGCUCGCCGUGCUUUGGAGGAGCCAAUGAAGAAUUUUGAUGGCAAGACGCUCAAUGUGCAGAAAGCCAUAGAUGGGAGGACCAAGGGCUCAUCUGGAACGAAUACAAAUGCUAACUCCAAUCCCACUACUGCAUCUGUGGCCGCCGCUGCCGCGCAGAUGACUGCUCCUGCCAGUGCCGCCAUUAGCCCAUAUGAUGCAUCAGCAUAUGGUGCUACUGCGGUUCCUGACAUGAGUUUUGCACAGCAAGCUGCUAUGUUUGGAUUAGGUGCACAGCAACAGGCAUUUGUUCAGCCCAAUGCAAUGCUUGCCAUGAUUGCAGCAAUGCAGAACCCAGCUGCACUAGGGAUGACGCCAGCCAUGCUUGCUGCUAUGAAUCCGGCCUUCGCUGCUGCUGCAUUAGGUGCAGGGGGGCAGCAGGCACACACAGCUGGUCUUACGGGUUUUGGAGCUCAGGGUUUUGGGGCACAGGCAUUUGGAGCAGGAGGUGCAGCUUUCCCAAAUGCAGGUGGUGUUCAAGCAGCAGCGGCUGCAUAUCAAGGAGCUGGAGCUCCUCCUGGUUUUCAAGGGCCACCUGGGUUUCAGGUUGGCCAAGCAACUACCCAGACAAGCACUGCAGCGGCAGCGGCAGCGGCCGCCGCCGCUGCCAGUGCUGCUGGUUAUCAGGCUGGGGCAGCUGGGCAGGGCCAGGCUCAGAUUGGAGGCACUGGUUUCCAGGGUGGAUAUUGA